AACUGUGUCCCUGUCCCGCCCACUCACUCUGCUGCCUAUAACAUCCACUCUCAUUCUCAAGUCUCAACCCACUUAGCUUUUCUCUUUUCUUUUCUUUAAAGGUUUCAACAAGCAAACACACUCUUUUUAAUUUCCCCCCUCUUUCUUUAACUUCUUUUACUCUGUUUCUGAAUAGCGCAUUCCGAGAUAUUUUCGUUCUGUUAAGGAUGUUUUGUCUUAGUGUAUGGAUCUUGUCUUGAGCUGCAUUGCUUCUUCAAAUUUACGUAAAUUUCACUUCUUUUGUUUUCUAUUGGGUAAGGAGACUGAAAUUUUAUGCACCUGGGCUUUUUUUUUACCUCGGGAUUUCUCUGAAGAGUAUGGAAAUGAUGGGAUAGUUUUAUCCAUUUUUAUUGUGUUUUCGUCGGGAAUUGUUUGUUGGUGAUUGUUAUUGUAUUUGUGUUGGGGUUGAGUGAAUGUGUUCAUACACCUUUUCUCAUCGAUUAAACAUUUUUGUUAUUCACAGCAUUUUGUUUAUUCAACGAAUCAAGAAAAUCGUGACAGAAGAAAAGGGAAUAGAAAUAAGAAAAAGAUCUGGGUCAUACCUUGCAAUUUUUUUCUUCAUUUUGUUUUGACCAAGUCGGGAAAUGUCAUCAGGGUGAUACAAAUUCACAAUCUUUCUUAUUGUUUCCAAAACAAAAUCAAGAAUGUUACAAAAGAUUAAGUAUUUGACUGAAAGAUCAUGGUGAAACAAAUUCACAAUCUUUUACUGUUUUCGUUCUUAAGUACAGUUAUUGAUUGCCAUUAUCCAAAGAUUGUUAAUUUGGUGUUUGAAGAAUAGGUAUGAGCAAGAUUUUUAGUUGAAGCAAUUGGGUUGCUCUUCUCCAAGGCACACACAAUGGAUAAAGUAAAUAGAGUUUGUGCCAAAGAUGAAGAGCGUCCACUCCGAAUCACCAGAGCAAGAGCUAGAGCCUUGAGAGGGAUUACUCCCUACUCAAGACCCUCCUUAAAAAAUGAGCAGAAAAACGUGCUUCGAGCUAAUUCCAAAAGAGCAGCAAGUUCUGGAAACAAAACUUUUGCGGUUGUUCCUGCUGUUGUCCAGCAAAAGGGAAGGGCAGUGCUUUCAGAUAUAUCAAACAUGUGUGCAAAACCACAUGAUAAGUGUACUAAGGCAUCAAAAUUUCAGGCCAAAGGAGUUUGUACAAAGAAAAACACCAAGCUUGCAGCCUCAAGUGUUUCCACUGACGUUUCAUCCUCACAUGACGAUGUUAGAGCAAAGUUAGCUGAAGAAUUAUCCACAAUAAAGAUGGUUGAAUCAAAUGACACCUUAAGAGAAGGUGUAACAGCAGACACCUCACUUUCAAUGCAAAACUCUGUGAAAUCUGAUGAACUCCGGAACUCUCCAAACAAAGACAUAGAUAUAAUUUGUGAGAAGCUGGGAGCCUCAGACUCCCUGACUAUUGUGGACAUUGAUUCAGAGUUAAAGGAUCCUCAACUGUGGAGUUUUUAUGCCCCUGACAUAUACAGCAAUAUUCGAGUCACAGAGCUUCAAAGGAAACCAUUGACCAACUACAUGGACAAGUUGCAGAAAGAUAUUAAUCCAAGCAUGCGUGGAAUUCUGGUUGAUUGGCUUGUGGAGGUUUCUGAGGAAUACAAGUUGGUUCCAGACACUCUUUACCUGACCGUGAACCUCAUUGAUCGGUAUCUCUCAACAAGACUCAUUCAGAAGCAAAAGCUCCAGUUGCUCGGUGUUACUUGCAUGUUGAUUGCAUCAAAAUAUGAAGAGAUGUGUGCACCUCGAGUGGAGGAAUUUUGCUUCAUCACAGAUAAUACAUACACAAAAGAAGAGGUAUUGAAAAUGGAGAGAGAAGUACUGAAUCUUGUGCAUUUUCAGUUAUCUGUCCCCACAAUCAAAACUUUUCUCAGGAGAUUCAUCCAAGCAGCACAAUCUUCUUACAAGGCUCCUUAUGUUGAACUGGAAUUCCUGGCAAAUUAUUUAGCAGAGCUUGCUCUUGUUGAAUGCAGCUUCUUCCAGUUUCUACCUUCCCUUAUAGCUGCAUCUGCUGUGUUCCUUGCCAAAUGGACCCUGAAUGAGUCAGAACAUCCAUGGAAUCCAACUCUGGAGCACUAUACAAAAUACAAAGCUUCAGACCUCAAAACUGUUGUUCUUGCACUGCAAGAUCUGCAACUUAAUACCAAAGGAUGCUUCCUGAAUGCUGUCCGCGAGAAGUAUAAGCAACAGAAGUUCAAUUGUGUGGCAAACUUGUCUCCAAAAUCGGUGCAGUCACUCUUCCAGAACCAAGUGUAAAUGUUUUUGGCUGUUCCCUUAAAGACUUUAGAAUUUCUGGCACAGUGAUGGUUGAAACCAUCAUCAGUUACAUAUUUUACCAUUCUUUUUUAUCAUCAAUCCCCCACUUAGUGUCUGUUCCGUAAUUGUAACAUGUAAGAUGAUCUCAAAUUCUGGUUCUUCCAGGUCUCUUUGUUUUGCAAAGGGAAAACUGUUGCGGGAUGAUACAGUUCAAAGAGUGAGUUGAUGUACUAACACCAAUUAGAGACUCAUUUUAAGGUUCUCAUUAAGCAACAAAGUCGUAUAGUUCCUUUCAACAUUUUGUACCGAAACAUUUGUAUGUAAUUCAAAUUACAUUACCUACAAUUUAUUUUUCAUUUCUA